UACGUCGCCGUUUCGAUCUCCAAAAUAUUCUACCGACCACGUACGAGAUUUGUUGGGGAGAUUUUUGAAAUCCAAAAAAUGCAAAAAUAAGAGGAAAAAAAGAAAUCCCAUUAAAUAAAAUAAAAGUAGAGAAACAAAGAAAAUAUAGUUCACAGUGAGAGACUCUCUCUCUGACUCUGAGUAACGAAACAAAACCCAGCCCGCAGAUUUGCAGAGAGAAAGAUCAAAAGAAGCAGCUUUAGGGUCUUCUGAUAGCUUUUUGCAGAAGCCAACUUUCUCUUCCAACAUCUCCUGCAUUUAAGUUGAUCUUCUCUGAAAACCUCUCCCUCUCUCUCUCUGUGUUGUUUAUAUAGCAAUUCACAUUUGGGCUUUCGCCAUUGUUGUUGUUGAGCUUUUGCAGUGGUGCAAACCCACAAGUUUGAUUCAUAUGUAAAGGAACAACCCAGAAGAUAUGUUCACUGAAGGUCUUGAUAGGAGCGCCCUUCGUUGGGUUAGAGAGAAGGAUGUUCCAUUCUCGAGUUCUAAUUUGAGACCUCGAAUUGAUCCGAUUACACACAUUCGUAGUGGUAGUGGCGGCAGGGGAUUUGGACUGCCCCCACCGUCAAAAUUUAGAAGUGGGCACUUGCCUUCCAAUGCCAUACCGGUUCGGACAAUUCCAGCUGAUGGGGAUGAGAGUGGGUCUUCUGAUAAUGACAGAACCACUGAUUCAGAAGACGGCAUUUAUGGAGGUAGAUACUCACUGGAUUCAUCACCACAAGAUGACAGGGUUCCCAGUGCUUCUGCUCAUAGGUAUGGGAAACCGUCGCAAGGGCAACCCCAUUAUGGCAGUGAUUAUACGUACUCAGAUGUCAGUUCAUCGAUGGACACUGUUGUGGGGAGACAUAAACCUGCGGCCGAGAAGUUGGUCAGGGGAACUGGGAAGUAUCCAGUUGCAAGGAAUGGUUACACUGAGGAUGAGUCAUCAGAUUCGGCUGCAAGCUCAGAAUAUUCUACUUCACAAGCAGGAGGAAGCAUCAACAGUGGGGUGCCACGUAACAGAGCUUAUGUUUCAGAGGGAUAUGCCUCGAGCGUGCCUUCACAGAGGAACUUGGAAAGCUCUGCCAAAAAGAAUUUUAAUUCCACAAACCUGCAGACUGAAAAGUUAUCCGAUGAUGAUGUUCCUAGUGCACCACCUUUUUGUGGUGCAACUCAGGAAAUUAAACAGGACGAUGAGAUAAGUCCAUCUAGAGUACAUAGGACACCACAUGCAACCGCUUCAUCUGAGUUCAAAACAACCCCUGGUAGAAAGCAGGAGGGCAAUAUUGAAAAUGGCAAUCUUGGCCAGUUUGUAAGAACUACCACUAGUUCCGAAGCUGCUGUGCCAUCAUGUCCUGCUCGCCUCCCCACCUUUUAUGCAAGUGCUCUAGGGUCAUGGCAUGCUGUUAUUGCAUAUGAUGCAUGUGUGCGUUUGUGCCUUCAUGCUUGGGCAAUGGAAUGCAUGGAAGCUCCCAUGUUUUUGGAAAAUGAAUGUGCUCUACUACGCGAUUCAUUUAGUUUACGACAAGUACUUUUACAAUCAGAGGAAGAAUUGUUGUCAAAGCAGACUUCAGAGCUUGCCGGUGAGAAAGCUGCUCCAAAACCCAAGAAAAUUGUUGGCAAGAUGAAAGUGCAAGUGCGUAGAAUGAAACCGGGCCUGGACCCACCCACUGGCUGUAGUAUUUCAUCUCUAAGGCCACCAGUAAUCAAACUGGAAUCCAUUCGAUAUCGUCUCUCCAGCUUCCAGUCUACACUCGCUUCUGGAUGGCAAGCCCUUCGAAGGAUUCGAGUUGUACCUCGUGUACCUGCAAAUGGUUCUUUUUCACGUCAAAGCUUGGCAUAUGUGCAUGCUGGUACUCAGUAUAUAAAACAGGUGUCUGGACUCUUGAAAACUGGUGUAACAAGUCUGCGGGAGAGUUCGUCCUCAUAUGAAGUUGUGCAUGAAACAUACUCUUGCUUGUUAAGACUGAAAAGUUCAACUGAAGAAGAGGCUGUCAGGAUGCAACCUGGAUCUGGUGAAACUCAUGUCUUCUUUCCAGAUAGUUUGGGAGAUGAUUUAAUAGUUGAAGUACUUGAUUCAAAGGGAAAACAUUUCGGAAGAGUCCUUGUUCAAGUGGCAACUAUUGCUGAUGACCCGGCUGACAAGCAACGCUGGUUCAAUGUCUAUUGUGAACCUGAACAUGAGCUUGUGGGGAAGAUACAGCUUUCUGUAUAUUAUUCAACGAGUUCAGAUGACAAUCCCAAGUGUGGCUCUGUUGCAGAAACGGUUGCAUAUGACCUAGUUUUAGAAGUUGCUAUGAAGGUUCAAAAUUUUCAACAAAGGAAUCUAUUGUUGCAUGGUCCUUGGAAAUGGCUUUUAACAGAGUUUGCAUCAUAUUAUGGUGUUUCUGAUGUAUACACCAAGCUGAGAUAUCUCUCUUAUGUUAUGGACGUAGCUACACCAACAGCUGAUUGCCUCAACUUGGUCUACGAUUUGCUAAAGCCUGUUUUGAUGAAAGGUCACCAUAAGAGCAUGUUGAGUCACCAAGAGAACCGAAUCUUAGGAGAAACUAAGGUUCAAAUUCAACAGAUUCUUGCUCUAGCUUUUGAGAAUUACAAGUCCUUGGAUGAGUCAUCGCUUUCAGGUAUUUUGGAUGUUUUUCGACCUGCAACUGGGCAUGCUGCACCUGCAUUGGAGCCUGCUGUGAAACUUUACACGCUCCUUCACGAUAUCUUGUCUCCAGAGGCUCAGACUGCUUUAUGCCACCAUUUCCAGGUUGCCGCGAGAAAAAGAUCAAGAAGGCACUUGGCUGAGACAGAUGAAUAUGUUACCAACAACAGUGAUGGAACUUUGAUUGAUAUUUUGAGUAUGACGACAGCGUACCAGAAAAUGAAAUCCUUGUGCCUUAACAUUAGGAAUGAAAUCCUCACUGAUAUUGAGAUCCAUAAUCAGCAUAUACUCCCCAGUUUCAUAGACCUCCCACAUCUGUCGUCAUCAAUAUACAGCACAGAGCUGUGCAGUAGAUUGCGUGCUUUCCUCAUUGCAUAUCCCCCAACAGGUCCUUCACCUCCUGUAGCAGACCUUGUUAUAGCCACAGCAGAUUUUCAAAGGGACCUUGCGAGCUGGCACAUCAGUUAUGUUAAAGGUGGAGUUGAUGCAAAAGAAUUGUUCCACCUAUACAUUAUGCUGUGGAUUCAAAAUAAACGUGGUUCUUUGCUUGAAGCAUGCAAACUAGACAAGGUAAAAUGGUCAGGAGUUAGGACACAACAUUCCACGACUCCUUUUGUGGAUGAAAUGUAUGAUCGUCUGAAAGAGACUUUGAGUGACUAUGAGAUCAUCAUUUGCCGGUGGCCUGAAUAUGCCUGCAUUCUGGAGAAUGCUGUUGCUGAUGUUGAGAAGGCGAUACUAGAAUCUCUAGACAAGCAGUAUGCAGAUAUCCUGGCACCAUUGAAGGAAAAUUUGACACCCAAGAAAUUUGGCCUCAAGUAUGUUCAAAAACUUGCCAAAAGGUCUGUGAGCUCUUAUACCGUCCCUGAAGAGUUGGGAAUUCUGUUAAAUUCCUUAAAGAGAAUGCUUGAUGUCCUUCGGCCCCAAAUAGAAGUUCAGUUCAAAUCAUGGGGUUCCUGCAUCCCUGAUGGUGGAAACACAGUUGCUGGAGAGCGUCUCAGUGAAGUUACUGUGAUGUUGAGAGCCAAGUUUAAAAAUUACCUACAAGCAGUUGUGGAAAAACUUGCAGAGAAUACAAAGUUGCAGAGUUCUACAAAAAUGAAGAAGAUUCUCCAAGAUUCAAAAGAAACUGUGGUAGAAUCUGAUGUGAGAAGUAGAAUGCAGCUUUUGAAAGACCAGCUGGCAAAUACAGUCAAUCACUUACAUACAGUGUUUGGGACUCACGUCUUCAUUGCAAUUUGUCGCGGUUAUUGGGAUAGAAUGGGACAAGAUGUGCUAAGUUUCUUAGAGAACAGAAAAGAAAAUAGAUCAUGGUAUAAGGGUUCACGAAUUGCUGUCUCUAUUCUAGACGACACUUUUGCAUCACAGAUGCAGCAGUUGUUGGGGAAUGCACUGCAGGAGAAGGACCUGGAGCCUCCUCGAUCCAUCAUGGAAGUCCGAUCAAUGCUUUGCAAGGAUGCUGCCAAUCACAAGGACAACACCUAUUACUUUUAGGUGCUUGUUGUGUUAAAUGAGUGAAGAGGACAUGAAAUGCAUCAUCAAGAAAGGUGAAUGCUGAACAAGUUGGGGAAUGAAGGUGCUGAAAGAUCAGCUUUUCAGCCUGCAUGUUCAUCAACACCAUAUUGCUUUAGUUGUCAAUGUGUAUAAGCCGGUUGCUGCUAAUUUUGUAGAGGGAGCAAGCAACUCGGCUGCUCCCGAGUCACAAUUCUGUUAUGUUCACAUUUAUUACUCAAGAUAUAGGUACUGCAAAAUUGAUUCACAUUUUUUUGUAAUUGGCAUAAUAGUUUUGCUUUAAGCAGUUUUGUACAACUCUUUUGAAUGUGCCGUGAUCUCACGCACCAAAAAUAUUAGAUGGUCCACUUUCACAGAGAUUAUAUUAUUUAACCCUUCAUGCGAUGCAUCUAUUAAAAAAUUAUAUAUAUUCUUUCAUUUGCGCUACCGAUCACCUUGAAUUCACUUUUGAGCUUAUCACUAUAAUUUCAAUGUAUAG